AGACACACGGAAUUCUCCGCGACGGAAACAGACGACUUCCGGUGCACAAAUUAACUUUUUAACGGUCAUACUCUCGCAGCAUGGCUAGCUAACGGCUAACAGUCGAGUUGUCAGAUCGUUGUCAGUGUGUGUGUGUGUGUGUGUGCCACCUGACAACCGCUCACAUGAUUCUAACUACAGCUACUGCUAACAACGGCAACAAGCUUUUUAAUGGACGUGUUCGUGUUUUAGGCGUCGUUUGGCUCACUGGAGAGUCGCCGAGGGGCUUGUUAAGCAACCAACCACCAUCAUCGUCAUCAUCAACAUCAACAACAUGUUUGGUAAAAAGAAGAGAGCUCCACAGCCCAGACGUCAGGGCGCUGCUGCUGCCAUGCAGUUUGGUCUGUUUGUCGACCCUGAUGAGAUGAUGAUGGGAAUGCAGGAGGACAAUCUGAAUGACUCAGACCUGGAGGAUGAACUUGCUUCUAUCACUGGAAGUAAAGCUGUCAGAGAGAAAGCCAAGCAGAGGGGCAAGAGCCCUUUGCCAAUGGAAGACAUCGCAAAAAUGGCCGAUGAGUGUAUGAGGGACGUGGACGAUGAAGAUGACGAUUACGUGGAAGACGAUGAAGAUCUUUUGGCAGAGCUACAGGAAGUGGUGGGUGAGGGCGAAGCUGAGGAUGACGUAACUGUUUCCUCCACAUCUCCUGCCACUGUCAACAUUUCCAAAGAUGAAACACCAGUGUCCCCACCGCCUCAGCAGGAAGCGAAGGUCUCCUCAGCGGCCCCCGGCAGCCUACAGCACACCCUAGAGGAGAGGAUGGACAUGUACAAGACGGCCUUACAGAACGCCAAGAGUGCAGGGGAGGCUUCUAAAGCCAGAAGGUUCGAUCGUGGUUUGAAGACACUGGCGUCCAUGUUAACUGAUCUGAAAAAGGGAAGGUCUGUGAGCGAGGCAGAUAUCCCGCCUCCUGUUGCCACUGGUGCCCCCAGCACUGCCUCUCGUCCCACCGUCCCCGCACGACCUGCUCCCCCUGUGCCCUCUCACCCCGAAUCCACUCCAUCAGAUCAGCAGGAGGAGUCUGAGGCCACAGCGCCACCUCCUGGCGUGCCAGAGAUCAUGACACCCACCACUGAAGAGGAGCUGUCGUCCUCCACCGCCACACCUCACCUGAGCUGCGUCCCCUCUCCAGAGGAGCAGACAGAGGAACCUGCUCUCCUGCUGCAGACCAGUCACACAGAUGCGAACGAGGCGACAAAGGCGAUGCUUUUGGAGAGGCAGAAAGAAUACAAGAUGGCAGCUCUGAAAGCCAAGAGAGAGGGAGACGUGGAGCAAGCGAAACUUUUCUUCAGGACCAGUAAGAAAUUCGAUCCAGUUAUUGAGGCACUGGAGAAAGGACAAGCAGUGGACCUGAGUGGCAUUCCACCUCCUCCAGGCCAGCUUUCAGACGGGAGCUCUGCCCCACUGACAGAACCUUCCUCUGCUGAAAACACACAGGCCACGCAGCCCCCUGCAGCUCCAGCCCCUGCAGCGUCAUCGGUUCCUGUGGCUCCCAAAGACGUGCUGGAGGCCCUUGAGCAGAGACUAGCCAAGUAUGUGGAGGCAUCUGCUCAAGCCAAAGCCAGUGGAAAUGACCGCAAGGCACGAAUGCAUGACCGCAUUGCUAAGCAAUACCAGAGUGCCAUCCGAGCUCAUAAAGCAGGAAAACCAGUUGACUUUGACGAGCUGCCAGUUCCUCCAGGUUUUCCUCCAUUGCCAGGUCAGAAAGCAACAGGAGCUGAGCAGGGGAUUAUUGCUGCUCUAGAGGCAGCCAGUAAGCUCACUUCUACCGAUGUUACUGAAGCACCAGAUGAAGACGAUGAAGAGAAAGAGGAGCCUGCUGCUGUUCCAGAGGAGCCAAAGAAAACCACGUUAGACGUCUCCACUGCAGGUCAAAGACGGAAAAGGACUCCUUCACCUUCACCUGACAGAUCAACUCACAGGGAAGGACUUUCCCCAACAGCGGUUCAGCAGCUGGAGUUCCUGGAGGGUCGGAAGAAGCAGUACAUGAAGGCUGCACUGCAGGCCAAGCAGAAGAACGAUUUGGAGCAGGCCAAGACUUUCCUCCGCACGGCCAAGGGUUUCGAACCCAUGAUCGACGCAGUACGCAGCGGGAAAAGUGUGGACAUCAGUACGGUGCCGUCGCCCCCUGGUGACGACGAGGAGGACUUCAUCCUGGUUCAUCACAGGGACGUUCAGCUCUCCGAGAAAGACGAGCAGGUUUACACACAACUGGCCAAGAUGCUCAAAGAACAGUACGAGAAAUGUAUGACUCACUCCAAGCAGUUCACACACCUGGGAAACAUCUCUGAAACUACAAAGUUUGAGAAGAUGGCGGAGAGCUGUAAGAACAGCCUGGAGGUGCUGAAGCUGGCUCAGACGAGGGGUUUGCCUCCUCCUAAAUAUCACUUUGAGCAGAAGUCGUUCCACACCGUCAGGAUAUUUCCAGAGCUGAGCAGUACUGACAUGGUUGUUAUAAUCGUUAAAGGGAUGAAUCUUCCUGCACCAAGUGGAAUUCAAACCAAUGAUCUGGAUGCCUACGUCAAGUUUGACUUCCCCUUCCCCAGCUCGGAGCAGUCUCAGAAACACAAAACUGCCGUCAUCAAGAACACUAACUCUCCAGAAUACAACCAGAGCUUCACCCUGUCAAUCAACCGCAACCACCGCGGCUUGAGGAGGAUAGUGACUUCUAAAGGCCUCAAGCUGGAGCUGCUGCACAAAGGCGGUUUCUUCCGGAGCGACAAACCGAUUGGAACGGCCGUGGUGAAGAUGGACAAACUAGAGUCACAGAGUGAAAUCAGGGAAAUCGUAGAGGUGAUGGACGGUCGCAAAGCCACCGGAGGACGUGUUGAAGUGAAGGUGCGACUGCGGGAGCCUCUGAGUGGUCAGGACAAGCAGACGAGCACAGAGCGCUGGCUGGUGAUCGACCAGUCACAGGUUCUUCUUUAGAUGAUCCUACAAGAUAUACACGCUACAAGAUUAGGUCUUUGUCUUCUGGAUUAAAGGCACUCAAUCAAAAACACCCAGAGGAGGAAGAAGACGUGGAGAGGGGAAGGUGUGGACAGUUUGAACCUUCACAGGUCUUUGACCUUUUAAAGCGUUUGCACAUUAGACACAGGAGCGCCCUCUCACUGAAGUCAAAGGAACUGCUGCAGGGACGUGGAGCAUCAGAGUGAUGCUGAGAGAAAAACACUCAACAUUUAUCCAUGAAGGUUUUCUUGUCCCAUUAGUGCGCCUCCUGGUGGAAGACAGUUAACAUUGAAGGGGAGUUGAGCUGCCCUACAUGAAUAUAGUUAAUAUAAUAUAGAGAAAAGAAUGUGUACAUAUUCCUCAUAUUACACAGCUCUGGUAUCUAUGCACUAAUACCAAAGUAAUCACUGUUGCUGUAAAAUCCUGCAUAUUUGAACUUGCCUCAAGCUGCCAAACCUGCAACUGGAAAGGUUAAAAUAUGCUGUGGGAUAAGAAAAUGUCAGGGUUUUUCUUUUUUCUUUCUUUUCUUGUGAAAGUAUCAGGCAGAUGCAGAUGCGGCACCUCACAAGAUAUUAAGAUACUGAACAAGGUACGGUUAUGAUUAUAUUAAAGACCACACUCCCUAUUUGGCACCAUUCACUUUGAUUACGUCGUUUAAACUGCGGUCACUACACUUCACACUUUGACACAUUUGUUUACACUCAACAGCACAAAUCUGAGACACUAUGGCAAGUGGUUCCAACAUUAAAUCAGUAGACAGGAUAUUCAUUACCAAUAUCUGUGACAUCAUUCUUACUCGUCAUAACUACAGUUACAGAUAUCUGAUUCAGUUUUUACCUAGAGUUGGAUAUCUCUUAAUUCCAGUGUCAGAUAUCUACGUCAUUAUUUCUAGUCAUAAGAUAUAUUUAAUUAUCCUCAUCUGAAGAUAUCUAACUUGUCCUUUUUAGAUACUUGAAUUAAGUGUUGCAUUGUCAUAAUGAAGUUGUAGGUUUCUGAAACUGGAAUUAGAUACAUCAUUUUCCAAAAUGACAAACCCCAUACACAUGAAUUGCAAAAGUGAUGUUUUCCCUAGUAAAAACUGAAUUAUGUAUAUCAGAAACUGAAAAUGACAACACAGAUAUCUGUAAUGGUGAUUCCAGAUCGUCAGACUUGUCUAAAAAACCUUGUCUUACAUGUGAAGAGCAGUAGCUUCACAUUUCCAGUCCAGAAAACUAAAUACUACUUUAACUUGAACAGAUAUUCACUCUUUCAUAAGUAAACAUCAUUGGCUGAGUUAUUUUAUUUAAAAACCUUUUGGGAAAUGUCUGUUAAAUACUUACCUGUAGUCAGAAUGCAAUUAGCUUAGCUUAGUUUAGCAUAAAGCUUUCUCCAGAGUGCCCAACAGCACCACAUGCUAAUUUAAUGAUUUCAUUGACCCACUAUCGCUACCAAUUAUUAGCAUAAACACUAUUUUUUCUACGAAUAUGCUGUGCGGCUACUUCCUUUCAAAACAACUGAUGACAUUUUUGAUGAGUUUAAAUAAACGGUAAAUAUUAUAUUUUGGUUUAGUAGUUAAUCUUAUUAAAAAAACAAACAAAAAAAACGCGUUUUAGAGCUAGCCAGGCUAAGUAAUUUAUGCUAAGCUAAGCUAAUAGCCUUCAUGUUGACCCUACAGUCUGACUCAGGCAGAAAGUAAAGUAUUUCUUUAAAGUUAUUUUCAAAACUAUGCAUCAGUUCUUCUGUCAUGUGGUGGUUACAGAAUGUUCCAGUGUUUUAAAGGGUCAGUUCACCCAAAUUACAAAGAAGAAAUAUAAAACAUUCAUCUAAAACAAAUCAGUCAUGACAUAUUUUUUUGAGGUACUUUUGAUGGAAAACUAAAAUGUUUUGAUUUCAAUUGGCAUGGUAACCUUUACAUCAGCUUAAUAAUGAUUGGUAGAUUUAAUUAAGUAUGUAUAAAUUCCAAAACAAUUGUUGAAUGGACACUAACAGAACUAACUACAGCAUUUAACCUGAUUAUUUUGGCCAUAUCAUGGGGAAACUUUUAAAUGUUAUGGAUCACAAAAUACAGUGUGACACUGGUGUUCGGUGGUGGUGUUAUGAGCACCGACAGUGGUUUAAAAGAAAGCAGAUACAUCCACAACUUGGAUGAAGAUUCAUAUAUUUCUCUAGUAGCCUCAUUGUUUUCUAUUAUAAGCCACAAAAAAACAGAUUAUGUGCCAAAUUCUCAGGUUUUUUCCCCAUCAUAGAUUAGCUGACAAACACAGCAGAGCAGCUUAUAAACUAAUAUUUCCAUCAGCAGUUUUAAUUUGUUCGGUUGUCUAGGUUACCGUUGCUCUGCUGCAAAAUAAAGCAGCCACACAUGAGAAAGUUGUGUGUCGGAGUAGCUGGGUUUGUCAGUUGAGUGAACUGACCCUUUAAAGUUUCAACUGAAGCUUUGAAAGAAAAAGAAAAAAGCCAUAAGUGAACAUACUGAGCCGAUCACACGACUCACAUUUCCAACGGCUUUACCUCAACUCUGUCUUUCCAAUGUGUGGUCACAACAUUUCUGUUUCUCUGAAUCUGUCACGGACACGUCGCAUGAACUCACUUUUACCAAACAUUUUAGUUUCUGUUGAAAUAUUUCUCUCCUUUUUGAAUUCACAAAAAAUGCCUCGGUUAUAGAAACAAGAAUAUAUUGUUUUAAAAUGGUCUCUAUCCUGCUUUAAAUGGUCUAUUAAAAUAUCUUGUUUUUAUUUUGAACUUGUUUUUAUUUUAUUCUUUGAAUAUGGAAAGUGAAUUGUUGACGUUGAACAGAAGAAAUUAAAUACAAAAAGCACUUA